CCACACCUGGGCACCCUCUGGUUUGCUCGCCUGACGAAUCUUCACUACUGCACAACAGCAACCCCGGAGGUUGCACGCUACGGAAACAGCAAGAACAAUGUUUGAGGGCCGCCAUGCAGCAGACAGAUACCAGCUGCGCCUGCACAGGGCGCGUUCGGUGGUGCUCUCAGGCGCCGAGAUGGUAGAGAUACGCGCAGCUCAGAGAACCUUUGAAGGAGCCUACAUCCGCACCGCCCUCGGCCAGUUCUCCUUCGCGCUCAUCGUGCUCAAGAUCUUCACCGCCGAGUUCUAUUCCAUCGGCGCUCUGUUCGCCGUGUACGGCGCGGGCGUCCUAUUCACGAGCCUGUUUCGCCGACAGCAAGGUCCGAAACGCCAACGUACCAUGGCCUCGCUCAGCGACUGACGCAGCACAGGGAACAAGCAGUUCUUC